AUGGCUUUGACAGCUUCUCCUGCACAAGCCGGACACCAACCAAAGGGCUGUGCCGGCUGCAACCGGAAAAUCAAGGACCGCUACCUGCUGAAGGCCUUGGACAAGUACUGGCAUGAAGACUGCCUCAAGUGCGCCUGCUGCGACUGCCGACUCGGCGAGGUGGGCUCCACGCUGUACACCAAAGCCAACCUCAUCCUCUGUCGAGGGACUAUCUACGGCAACUGUGCAGCUUGCAGCAAACUCAUCCCAGCAUUCGAGAUGGUCAUGAGAGCCAAGGAGAACGUCUAUCACCUGGACUGCUUCGCCUGCCAGCUGUGUAACCAGAG